ACUCUCGGUGACUCCGCCAGCUUGAGUGCAGAGGCAUCGAGAGUGGCAACUUCGCCGAGAAAGUGAGGUCAGUGGAACCAUGGACUUAGUAUUAGUAGAAAAGACCUUACUGGGUCUUUUCGCAGCGGCGGUCCUAGCCACAGUAGUGUCGAAGCUCCGGGGAAAGCGGCUCCGGCUGCCGCCCGGGCCGCUUCCGGUGCCCGUUUUCGGCAAUUGGCUUCAAGUGGGCGAUGACCUAAACCACCGGAACUUGACCCAGCUCGCACGCCGGUUCGGCGAGAUUUUCCUCCUCCGAAUGGGCCAGCGCAACCUGGUGGUCGUCUCGUCCCCGGAGCUGGCCAAGGAGGUGCUGCACACGCAGGGCGUCGAGUUCGGCUCCCGGACCCGGAACGUCGUGUUCGACAUCUUCACCGGGAAGGGGCAGGACAUGGUGUUCACGGUGUACGGGGAGCACUGGCGCAAGAUGAGGCGGAUCAUGACCGUCCCGUUCUUCACGAACAAGGUGGUGCAGCAGUACCGGCGCGGGUGGGAGGAUGAGGCGGCACGGGUCGUGGAGGACGUGAGGAACAACCCGAAGGCAGCCACCGAAGGGGUGGUGCUCCGCCGCCGGCUGCAGCUGAUGAUGUACAACAACAUGUAUAGGAUCAUGUUCGACAGGAGGUUCGAGGGGGAGGACGACCCGUUGUUCCUCAGGCUCAAGGCGCUCAACGGGGAGCGGAGCAGGCUGGCCCAGAGCUUCGAGUACAACUACGGCGACUUCAUUCCCAUAAUGAGGCCAUUCCUCAGAGGUUACCUGAGGAUGUGCAAGGAGGUCAAGGAGAUGAGGCUGAAGCUCUUCAAGGAUUUCUUCGUAGAAGAGAGGAAGAGGCUGGCUAGCACGACGACCUCUACUUCAGGCGAACUAAGAUGCGCUGUAGAUCACAUUCUUGAAGCUGAGAAGAAGGGCGAGAUCAAUGAAGACAAUGUUUUGUACAUUGUGGAGAACAUCAACGUUGCAGCAAUCGAGACAACCUUGUGGUCAAUCGAGUGGGGGAUUGCAGAGUUGGUGAACCAUCCGGAUAUCCAAAAGAAGCUCCGAUCCGAACUGGAUUCAGUACUGGGAGCUGGGGUCCAGAUUACCGAACCCGAUGUGGCGAAGCUGCCAUACCUCCAGGCAGUUAUAAAGGAAACCCUCCGGCUGCGCAUGGCGAUCCCCUUGCUCGUCCCUCACAUGAACUUACACGACGCCAAACUCGCCGGCUACGACAUCCCUGCUGAGAGCAAGAUCCUGGUCAAUGCGUGGUUCCUCGCAAACAAUCCGGAUCAGUGGAAGAGGCCUGAGGAGUUCCGACCUGAAAGGUUCUUGGAAGAGGAAUCAAAGGUCGAAGCAAAUGGGAACGACUUCCGGUACCUGCCUUUCGGAGUCGGCCGGCGGAGCUGCCCGGGGAUCAUCCUGGCAUUGCCCAUACUAGGGAUCACAAUUGGGAGGCUGGUCCAGAACUUUGAGAUGCUGCCACCACCAGGACAGAGCAAGGUGGACGUGACUGAGAAGGGGGGGCAGUUCAGCUUGCAUAUAUUGAAGCACUCUACUAUUGUAUUGAAGCCCAGAGCUUUGUGAUUCAUUUCUUUGUGUCUCUUUUGUUUGUCUAUAUGUGUUUGCUUUGUUGGUGUAAUGGCCUAAAGACGAGAGAGAAGUAUGAAAGGCCAAGCGAGUAUCGAGUGGAGGAGACAGAAGGGAUGAAGAUAGAGAAAUGUGAAGGGAGAACGUUCAUGGGUGGGCUUGGUCCAUAAACUUUUUGUAUCCAGAGGAGUUCUUUCCGCAAACUUCAGUGAAUUUAUAAGGUCUGGUUAAUGAGUUGCAA